AUGUACAUGUAUAGAGUUAAAAAAUUCUAUUAUACUUUGGUUAAAAUUUCGAAAUCAAAAUGCAAAAUAGCAUUUUAUUUGAAUUUCGAUGGAACGACUCCCCACAUUAAAGACAAAAAUAAAAUAAAGAAUAUAUCAGGGAUAAAAUGGAGAUUUCCACUCAUCUUAAUUAAGAGAUGCUUGAAUAUCAAAGAGGAAUUCCCAAAGAAUCCAUUGGAUUCCACCACGAAUCAGAACCUUUACAAAUCAGUCGAUCUCUCGGACAGGAAAUCACUUGAUUCAAUAAAUCUAGUGAAUUCCGAGAUAAAUGGUGUUGAUACCAUCCUGUUAUUCCCUAAGAAGGGUUGUAAAAUAGCUGAAUUAUCAAUUUCAAACGUGAUCGUCUGGUCAAGCAAUCCUGGCCAGUAUAUGUUGUUCGGAACAAUCUCAACCAAUCCCAAAUCCAAGUUAAUACUCAUUAAUAUAACCGUGAAUGCUAGUAAACAGUUCAGUAAUGUGCUGAUUUUGGGUAAGGAAGGAAAAUAUGAGCAGAUUCCAUCCUUCCAAUUCAUGGAUUACCUUUCAGAGUUGAGAACAAAUCCAGAUCCUAAACCGUUUGUUCUCAACCUUGAUUCUAACAGUAUUCCAGAGGCAGUGGACCACACAGUGAGACUAGGCAAUAUUCCUACAGCAAUUUUUAUCCCUCACAGAGGAUACAAAGCCACCAAAAUCAUUAUCGGGGGUCAGACCCUGUUUGACGCUAAAAGUACAAAUUUACACGUCCCAAUCGCAAUCGGAUACGAGUAUAAAAGGAAUUCAUACCUCAAUUUUAUCACUGUGAAUGAAAACAAUGACUUUGGUAACAUUUACCAGUACAAUGUUUCAGAGUCCCGAGUUAAAUUCCUCCAAGCGUCUGAUAUUAGGUUCAUUUACCAAGUGUUCACUUUCGAAAUGGAGGAGUUCAUCAACAGUGGCGCUUUAUUAGAGCCAUCAAAAGAAAUCGGUUCUACAGCCGAUGUCGAGCACGAUCAGUCCUCAUUGACCUUUGACAUCAAGGAUGUCGAUGAGGACCUCUUCAACCUUCAAAGGUUAAGCAUACUUAACUUAACUACACUUAAGUAUACCCCUAUUAAAGGCACCAUUACAUCAGUUGUUUACGGUACUAAAACCAUAUGGAGUUCUAACGCCCUUGAACUUUCAUGCAAAGAUGUCAUGAUUCAUUAUUCCAACAAUGUAGCUAAGAGUAUUGAACUUAAAAUUGUUCUAGCAACAAAUUCAAUAGAGUCAAGAAUUAUCCCUUACAAGUCCAUUAUUCCAGAGGAUACAAGUUCACACAGUGAUAUUCACUCUGACCUUAAACUUGAAUCCAUUGAAGUUCCAUCAUCUUCCAAACUACGUAGAUCUAAGAGUGAAUCCAAUAUUAGCUAUGUGAAACCUAAAGAUAAGAGAGUUGAGAGAGAACUAACACCCCCAAACACUCCAACAUGUUCUAGAGAGGACCUUUCAACUCCCCCGAACAGUCCAGCCAGGACUCCUCCGCCAAGUCCCGCCAGAACUCCAUCCAACAGCCUUUCCACAGAAGAGCCUUUUGUAAACAGAGUAAGCAGUGGCGAGAGUCAUCUGUAUGUUCUUGACAGUGACGACAAACUCAUCAAACACGACGAUGAUGACGACGAUUAUCUUGAUGACCUAUUCGAUGACGAGGAUAUGGAAGACGAGUACUUUGAUUCUGAACAUUAUCUCCAUGAUCCAAUCUCAUCCCGCAUACACUCAAAGAGCAUUCAUCAACAUCAUGUCGAUGAAGACGCUGAAACCACUGACGAUGAAGAGGCGGCCGAUGAGGUCGACAUAUCAUCAAGAAAGUCAAUGGAAAAGAUGUACAUUGUUGACGGAACUGACUAUGUUCCCUUCAUAUUCCUCUUGGCCUAUCAAGACAGACCUAUUAGGGUCGUCAAGGACGGCUCAAGUGUGAUCUGGCAUUCUGAAAGCGCUAAGCAAUUAUUGCGCUACGCUACUAUUUACUUGUACAAUAAUAUGCCAGUUGCUCUUGCUCUUUUAGUAAUUGACAAGCCCACAUUCAGGCAAAGGUACUUUGUUAAGGAUGACGGAACUUGGCAUGAGGUUGACAUUUACGAGUAUACUCUUAAAACUCCCUAUGAGUUCGCCGGAAAACAAGAUUCCAUGGAGAAAGAUAAGCUCGUUAAGGAAACUCCUAAGAUUACGAAGUCAGUUUUACACGUUUCUCCGAUGUUCCCUGUUAUUCUUGGCAGCAUCUUUUUAUUUGUAUCAGUUUCAUCACUCUUAUUCAUUCUAUUCUUUUGUUAA